AUGUGCCCUGAGCCAGAGCGAGCUCGGGGCUGGCGGCGGGCGGCGCUGCUGUGUCCCCGGGAAGGUCUAGCACCAGGUCGCGGUGAGCUGAGCGGGCCAUCUCAGGGCGCCGUUGACAGCGCCCGCUGCGUGCCUGUGCCGUGGCGGCUCAGCAGGGACUCAACCAGGCUGACGGCCAGCCAGGCAGGGAAGGGCACCAACGGGCUGAACUUGGGCUGCCCCGUGCCCUGGAAGAGCAGCCACGCCGGCGGGUGCCGAGCAGCAGUGGGGAGGCAGACAGACGAGGCGGCCCAGACGGACAGCCAGCCACUCCACCCCUCCGACCCCACAGAGAAGCAGCAGCCCAAGCGGCUGCACGUCUCCAACAUCCCCUUCCGGUUCAGGGACCCCGACCUGCGGCAAAUGUUCGGGCAAUUCGGAAAAAUUUUAGACGUGGAGAUCAUUUUUAACGAGCGGGGCUCCAAGGGUUUUGGGUUUGUAACUUUUGAAACUAGCUCAGACGCUGACCGAGCCCGGGAGAAGCUGAAUGGGACGAUCGUAGAGGGACGGAAAAUUGAGGUCAACAAUGCCACAGCCCGCGUCAUGACCAACAAGAAGACUGCGAACCCCUACACUAACGGCUGGAAGCUGAACCCCGUGGUAGGCGCCGUCUACGGGCCUGAAUUCUAUGCAGUGACGGGGUUUCCCUACCCCACCACGGGCACAGCCGUUGCCUACAGGGGCGCGCACCUACGGGGUCGGGGCCGGGCCGUGUAUAAUACGUUUCGGGCUGCGCCGCCCCCGCCCCCCAUCCCAACUUACGGAGCGGUCGUGUAUCAGGAUGGCUUUUACGGUGCUGAGAUUUAUGGGGGCUACGCAGCCUACAGAUACGCUCAGCCUGCGGCGGCCGCAGCAGCCUAUAGUGACAGUUACGGCAGGGUCUAUGCAGCCGCUGACCCUUACCACCACACCAUCGGCCCUGCGGCGACCUACAGCAUCGGAACCAUGUGAAAGCUUCCACCGUUUCCU